AUGGCUUUCAGAAAUCAAUAUACAGGCAAUGGCGGGUCCCAAAGACUUGGUGGUAUUCGAACGCUCGAACUAGGUGGCUCAGCAAUGCAUCAACGACCGCGGGCCCCUAUCUCCCCACCGGAGACAGAGAAAAGUGCCCAGACUCUGUUUACGAUGGAUAGAACCACUGCAUUAGAUCCUAGGCAACAUACUUUGGACUACCAGGAGCCAGAGGAGCCAGGGUUCAAGUAUCCGCCUCGUCGUGGUUCGUCAAUACACUACAACCAAAACACAGGCAUAGGGCGUCAACCACCCAGAACGACUCGUUGGCUUCUAGUAGUACUUCCUCCGAGUAGUCUUUCAAACGAGCCGUCGAUGGGCCCCACCCUCGCCAUGGGUGCUCCAGGCCGAUUCAACAACGGAAUAUUGAUGCCGCUAUUCCCUACGAUGUAUGCCCAACUGACCGCGAUUGCCAGGGAAUUUAGUCUCCCUAGUACUUCCGGAGUCUGUCUCUACCUCCGCCCCUCUGAGCCACAAUUCAACAUUUCGCCCCGAAUUUCGGACGAAGCAUGGCCACUCUUAUGGGGCGCUCACUUUGGUCAAGAUGAUGGCAACAUGCAGGGUGCAAGUAGGCUGCCUAUUUGCGGACAAAUAGAGUUCGAUGUCGAUAUUCGGAAGGCUCGGUGGUAUGAGGCCUGGGCCAGCGGACACGAACGGCACAUCUCGCUAGACGCUUCUAUCCCUCCUUCUAUCGCACAAACGAUGACGCGGUGGUACAAUGAACAGCGGGAGAAAGAGCAAUCGCCGGAAGAAACGGAGUCCAUCCUCCACGAAAACGUCUCCGUCAACCAUACACGGACGAAAUCCGUUCCACGGCCGCUUACGCUCGCGAACAACAACGAUAACUUGAAUAGGUCGUUGCCGAAAUAUAAGGUCUUCAACCCGCGGGAUACCGAUGCAACAGACUCGGUGUCCAAUAGGCGAGCGCCUAGGCGGCUGUCGCCUGUGAUCCAGGUAGACGAGUCGGCUGCGGCAGAACAAAAGGAUGUCAAUGCUUUAGUCAGGAAUUGGAGAGCUUCUACUCCUAUGGCUCCAGUCAUCCCCCGCACAGAGAAGCAAGGAGACACCGAGUCCACUCCAAUCGACUCUAGAUACUUUUCAGAUAUCGACCUAGAUGACUACCAGUGGUCCGUUUCUUCUGCAGGUCCACCGUCUCAAUGGCUUGCGUCUCCUUUCUAUGACGAACCUCUCCGUUCUGUCAAUCUAGAAGGUCGAAUGGAAGGUUCUGUCGGCUUGACAUCGUCCGUGGCGACAUCAUUUGGUCCCGACGAUUCUUUCCCCACUCCCACAUUCUCCAACGUAUCUAGGUACAGGUCUCCCGAUAUUGCUGGGCGACUCAUGGAAGACGCACCGCCCACUCCUACUACGGUUACCAGCUGGGGAGCACCCCUCUCCUGCCCAACAACACCCACAAGUUCAGUUCGCAUUCGUACACCUGGUGUAGCUAGUCGUGGUGUUACCAGUGUUCCUCCAACACCUAUGACUGCCACUUCGUGGGGCGCCCCUUCGGUAGGGCCAGACUCCCCAGUCGCCGAGGCCCGGUCCAUGACCCCUGACAUUGGGUUGAGAGGGCAUGGAAGUGUACCUGUCACACCUAACACGGCGACCAGCUGGGGUGCUCCUGAAGUGUGGCCCCCAAGUCCACUACAAGAGGAAAGACCUGCCACUCCAGACAUGGCAGAGCGCGUGCACGACGAUGAGACGUCAGCCAAACCGUGGCAACUCGUCUGGCCAUUUAUAGAAGAUGAGGAUGCCUACGACCUUGUAUGGCCCUUCUGGGAGGCAAAACAGACAGAACAGGCAGAGCCAUAUGAGCUCGCUUGGCCUUUUUGGGAACCAGAACAAGCAGAACCCUAUGAUCUCGUUUGGCCCUUCUUUGAGACAGAACAAGCAGAACAAGCAAAACCAUAUGAUCUCGUUUGGCCUUUCCUUGAAGUCGAAAGCGCCCCAGCGCCCUCAGCGCCGUCGACCGUUCGGCCUACCACUACAUCGAACAAUCGCAGCGGAUUAAGCCCUAUCAGCGAAGCUACUCCAUUCUUCGGUGUCUGGCCAUUCUUCCAAGCUGACUCGAGCGCUGAUACAAGUUUCGCCGUCGGAAAUUUAUCCGGCAAAUCUCCUUAUCUCAGCAAAAAUGCACAUGUUUAUCCGACCUCGGUGAGGAACCGAGAAGCUCGUGUGGGACCGGCCGAUUUGCCAAAUGACGCCCUACAAAACCCGUCCAUUGGAAGAAAAUUUUCGUCGAGGAGCUAUUGUGAGCCCCAUUUUCUAUCUCCUCGACUAGUCGACAUGCUGGCUACUAUUCAAUUGGCCAAGGAACAAGCUAACCCAGUUUCACUAUAUUUAGACUUGAAGGGUUCCCGGAAACCUACCGCUUCUGCUCAAAAUUCUACCUCGACCAGCGAAAGUAACUCGCAAUGUUCCACGCGUUACGGUUACUUUGAUCUUUAUCCUGCGGUUUAUCCCAAUGUGGUCCCAUAUCCGGCCUUCUAUGAAGUCAAGCCACAAAAAGCCCCUUCCAGCCAAGAGAGCCGGCAUGAACUACCAUCAACACGGCUUACUCCUUACCCAGCUGGUUAUCAUAACCUCGUCAUCUACCCUGAUGUGAAGAGUACAGUCAAAAAGAGUAAAAAGGCGGUGUCCACAUCGAAACUUUCAGUACAUCCACAAUCUACUCGUCUCGCCCCCGCUUAUCCGACCUUUGACUUGUAUCCGGCCUUGUAUCCAUACAUAUCACUGUAUCCCCAGUCGACCGGAAAAGCAACGGUUGGAACCCUCCGAACUCAUUCAACUGAUAUCAAAAAAGAGACUUUACCGCAAUCAAAGCGACUAAAUGCCGCUUAUCCUCACUUUGAACUUUAUCCUCCGGUGUACCCUUAUUUGACGUUGUAUCCCCCUGUAUCCUCUGGGAAGGGUGUUAAGGAGUCCAGAGCUAUUGUGAAGGAUCAAUGGGCGAUCAAGUCGACCAAGCUCCCAUCAUCUUACCCUAAUCUGGAUAUAUAUGCGCCCGUGUAUCCCUUCUUGACAAUCUAUCCCGAAGUUCGGAUGCCGUCCCGAGCAGCCAAGGCUCAGACCCAAGCGGUGACAAAAAGCAAAGCAUUGGUGCCUAUAUCGACCAGGCUAGCUCCGAGUUAUCCUUCCUUCACCUUGUAUCCCACUGGGUAUCCGGACCUGGAGAUUUAUCCUGCCGUAAAACUCUCGAAACCAACGGUCGAGCCUGUUCUUCUAUCUGGUGCACACUGGCGGUACCCAAAUAUCUGCAUCUAUCCACCUGUUGUCAAACCAUCUUCAGUGACUAUUGCCCUUCCUGGCACGACCUCCAUCUAUCCGGAUCUGUGCAUUUAUCCACCUCUUACCAAAGUCUCGUCGAUUUCUGUCGCCCUUCCCGGAACAUCCUUCGUCUAUCCCCACCUCUGCAUAUAUCCUCCUAUCAGCAUAUCCGUUGCUCUUCCAGGUUCAUCCUUCGACUACCCAGACAUCCGCAUCUAUCCCUCAGCCAAAAGAGUGCCGGCUCCUUUAGUGCUUUCUUUUAGUGGUGCGUCCUCGCGCACUUCUGGGAGGCCACUCAGUCCCAAGGAGCGUGUUCGCCGGGGAA